AUGAGCCAUAUCAAAGAUGUUGCUUCGCAAUUCGUAACAACAUACUAUUCUAUGGUAGUUCAGAACUACAUUUCAGUUAAAAAAUUUUAUAAUUCUCAUGCAAAAAUCAGUAGAUUAUCACCAAUUUCUUCAAUAAGUUUUAAAAUUGCCAAUGAACCAGCAAAAGAAGUUUGCCCAGACGAAUUUAUUUCAGGAGUGUUGAAAGUUUUAUCUUAUUCCGAUUCAACUUGUAAUGAUAACUUAUUAAUAACUGUAUACGGAAUUGUCAAGCCGAAUACUCAAUCAUAUGAAUUCUUCUUUACACAAGAAUUUGUUUUACAACGCUUUUCAGGAAAAUGGUUUAUUAUUAAUGAUGUAUAUUUUUGUUAUAAAAAUAUCGAUGUACAAUUGUAUGGAGCAGAGCAGAUGCACCCAAUGCAAGUGCAAGGAAUACCACAGCAUACAUUUAUUCCACAAUCUGCCCCAGCAGUACAACCAUCACCGCCAAUUCGACCACAAAGUACGCCAUAUCAACCCUCACGCAUAGAUUCAUCUAAAAAGAGCAGACCUGAUACAUUGGAUCCAUCAAGAUCUAUUACUAUUACUGAUUUAACCAAAACAUAUAGUGGUCAGGAAGUUACUCAAAUUUUCCAGAAAUAUGGUCCAGUUAGAAAUAAAUAUUUUACGUACGGAACAGUUUAUAUCGAAUUUGAAACAGUUGAAGCUAAAAAUGCAGCGAUUCAUUCUCCGCCUCCAAUAUAUAAAGGCCAGCAAUGUAAGGUUGAAGAAGGAAUUGUAAGACCGAGGUAA